AUGAUCGAUGCCAUUUCUUUGCUGACGGUAAUUUUUGUGUGUCUCGGUGUUUCGGCUUUGCUUUUGUGGGGUGGCAUAUUUUUUUGUCACCGCUACAAACUGUUCACGUCCGUGUUUGGGGAGGAGGGCGAGGAGGUGCGGGGUAUACCGCUGCGCUCGCAAGCGCCACCCAUCCCGGAGGAGGAACGGCGGCGGAAUCUGCAGCGGGCGCAGCGGCGGCAGCGACGCCUCGCACGGCGCCAGCAGCCACAGGCGGCGGAGGAAGAGGCCGACGGGAAUGUCGACAGCGACGACGGCGGGAGUGACGGCAGUGCGAUGAGCCUCCACACACGCGGCAGCAACUCCCGCUGGUUCCGCACGAGGCACACUGCGGACAGCCUCAGCUGCACGACGGUCGCAAGCUCCGGGGCGGUGUACGGCCACGGGAAUUAUCUCUCGCGCCAGAACACGACCGCACCACCGUCACCGCUUAGCCAAAUUACCGUCAACGAAAGCUGCGGGAGCGCCACAUGUCGCUCAAGGCGGCAACGUAGAAAUCGGAACCAUCGUCACCGCCUGCGGAAACGUGAUAGCAGCAAGAAUGAUGGCGGCAACCCCAACAACAACGGCCGCAGCAGCCCGUUUGGUGGCUGGGCAGACGACUCCAUUUGUAGCUGCAGCAGCUGCGUGAGUAGCAACGAGGCGCAGGAUGAUGACAAGAGGCAUGUUGAGGUGGAGAUUGUGUCACCGAGAGCUGAACGACAGCGUUUUACACGGCGACAUAUCAUUGAGCAAAAUGCAGCGAUGAGUGGCUUUUUUACGGCACCGGCGAUUGGGUGGAGCCAUGAGCCGUAUGCGGGGCCUCACACAUGA